AUGGGCAAAAUCAAAAGAAGGGCACCCGUUGCAUGCAAGAGGUGCCGUAAGUUGAAAGUGAAAUGUACCGGUAAUCAGCCUUGUGCUCGCUGUGAUAAAUUUAACCUUAAAUGUACUUUUGUAUCUUCUGAAGAUAUAGACAAAAAUGCUUUUAAAGAUGACAAUUCAAAAACGAAAUACCAAAGGUUUCUGAAAGAAGAAGAAGAUCAGGGAACGAAUGUUCCCUUUUUUUCAAAUGAUAGUAAGGAUGAAGAGAUAAGCAAAUUAAAGAAGCGAUUCAAUGACUUGAAACGCUUCGAUUUUGCCGUUUACGAUCAAUGGCGUAUACAGGGACUGUGUCAAAAUAAGUUAUUGAGACUUCUUUGUGAAUCAAACUUAAAACAGAUACCUUCAAACAUUCUGAGCCCAAUAAGAAUCCCUAGAACACAGUAUUACGGUUGGAACAUGUCAGGGAUCCAGUAUCUACAACAGAACAAGUUUCCCGAGAGACCAGGCUAUGACUUUUCGAAACGACACGACGAACUUCUACAUUACUUUUUCAAAGAAAUCAAUCCAUUGUUUGGAACCUUGCAGGAAGAUUUUCUUAGAUAUUUUUCCUCAAGAUAUCUAGAUUUUAUGAAAAUGCUCGGGGAAUGUUCUUUUAAAUCCAACAAUAAUACAACUUUGUACGCUUCAAUUUUGUAUCUAGUGUAUGCAAUUUCAAUUCGAUUUACGGAAUUUCUGAAAGAAGAGGGUCCCGAUUUCAGCAUGGUUUCAUUAGGUUGCGAAUGUUUCAAUUUCUCCUAUAAUGUCGUAAAAAUAUUGAGCUUCGAAUUUCUGUCUCUUGAAUUAAUACAAGGCUGGUUGCUUAUCUGCUUGUAUUUAAGAAUUUCACAUAGUCAAAGGUCUCUCUUGAGCUCUUUAGAUCAAGCGAAUUGUAUGGCUCGUAAUAUGGGUCUUCAUUUAAAGAAUAUGGUGGCAAAUUUAGAUCUUGUCAUUAACAAAAAAGCGAGACAAACUUUUUGGUGCCUUUAUACUUUCGAUCAGAUUUUUUCACUUCAAGUCGGUCGAUUCAGUUUCUGGAACCUUAAAGAAAUUUCAACAGAGGCUCCCAACGACUAUUUUAACAGCGAAGAUGAAAUGUGCUCAGAUAUAUCAUCAUUUGCUAUGUAUAAGCUAGCAUUAUUGGCCCAUGAGGUCCAGUCCACAAAAAAUAAAGAUCUAGACGAGUUUGAAGUAUUUCAGAUUCGAAUGAGGGUAGAGAAAAUGAGAAAGUGGCUCCAUGAAAGAGGAUAUUUUGAGGAUAUGUUAUCUGAAAAAAUAGCAAAGCAAAAUUUACCAAGCAAUGGCGAACAAGUCAUACUUCAUUACUGUGAAAUUAGUUUUUGUCUUCAUGGGCCACAUCUAUUCAAUUAUGUAGGUGAAAAGCAUUCAAAUGGUGCUUUGAGAUGCGAGAGUCUUCUCUCUGCUAUGAAAACAGUCAUUGAAACUUUCAAUCAUAUGAGGUCGCAUUCACUUCUUAAAACACCAUGGUACAACGUGCUAUCAUUAUUAUUCUGCGUGGGAAGCUUUGGGUUAGCAAUGAUAAAUGGGGGCAUCUUGGUGCGGGAUGCAAGAGAUUUGUAUUUUUCGGCAAUUGAACUUUUAACAGAAAUUUCAUCUUUUGAAAUAAUGUUAGGAAAUAAUAAGAGAACCCAGUUUCCAAUGGCAAAAGAGUGCCUAUGGGCACUUUCCCAAGCUAGCAAAUGUAUCAGAUUACGAUUUGCGGAAGAAUUAAAACAGCUAAUAGAAAUUGAGCCAGGUAUCGAUGCUGAUAUCAAUAAGAAUAAUUUUGGAAGUAUUGGCAACUAUAAUGAUGAAAAUCAUAUACUGACAUUAACUGAUCACAGCAGUGGUCAGAAUAAGAAGUUAGUGGAUCAAAGUACACAUCAUGCUUUCGGGAAUGAUGUUUCAGGUCACCUGCCCUACUUUCUUGGAGACAAUACUUUUUAUCCCCCAGAAAUAAGUAGCAGCGAAAAUAAUUUGAUUUUUGAAAAUCCUUGGCUCAGUGAUCUCGAAAGCGAGAAUCUCAUAGAUGAUUUCUUGCUCUUCAUGGAAAACCAUUAA